CUAAAUAUUCAAAGCGAAGUGUUCUUGUUGUUUUACACAGUGUUGCACACAGGAAGUGUGAUGGUAGUUUGUUUCCGGUAGCGUUUUGAAGAAGAGCGGCUUAUAACGUUGCAGUGCCAUCAUGGAUAUUAGACCCAACCACACCAUUUAUAUUAAUAAUGUAAAUGACAAAAUCAAAAAAGAAGAGCUAAAGAGGUCGCUAUAUGCACUGUUUUCUCAGUUUGGACAGAUAAUUGAUAUUGUGGCUUUGAAGACAAUGAAGAUGAGAGGACAAGCAUUUGUUGUCUUCAAAGAACUGGGCUCUGCUACCAAUGCUCUUCGACAACUGCAAGGAUUUCCGUUUUAUAAUAAGCCAAUGCGCAUUCAGUAUGCCAAGACAGAUUCUGAUGUUAUUUCUAAAAUGCGAGGCACAUUUGGCGACAAGGACAAGAAGAAGGAAAAGAAGAAGAAAGUUCAGGAGCAGGCAGCAAAUGCAACCAAGAAACCAGCCCCGGCAUCUACGAAUACACCUUCAAAUGCCCCCCAGACUCAACAGACACCUGACAAUCCACCUAACUACAUUUUAUUCCUCAAUAAUCUACCAGAGGAAACAAGUGAAAUGAUGCUAUCUAUGCUUUUCAAUCAGUUCCCUGGUUUCAAAGAGGUACGUCUUGUGCCUGGCCGACACGACAUCGCCUUUGUUGAGUUUGAAAGUGAAGGGCAAGCAGGAGUGGCGAGGGACGCCCUGCAGGGAUUCCGCAUAACGUCCACCCACGCCAUGAAGAUAACUUAUGCUAAAAAAUAACCGCGGAUCUGUGGAUGUUUGUGGACUGAGAUGAGGACCUUUUGUAGCCAAUGGAAUCUGAAGUUUAAAGGAGGGUUUUCCAGAUUUUUUUGUUAUGAAUCCCAAAAAUACACCAGACGUAGUGAGAUAUCUAGCUUUUUUUCUAUGGUGUAAAAGGAUAAGUUUGGACUUGUUGCAGAGGCAGUCUUUGAAGAUGAGAGCUUGUUUGGGGAAAAUUGUUUUUAUUUUUGUGUCAACCAUUCUUAAAGACUGCUUCUUUGGAGAAUACAGCAGUUUAAUUUAAUCUGAAAAAUAAAGUUUUUUAAAAAAUA